AUGAAGGACCCGAAGUGGCUAAACAAACAGGAAAAAGAAUUUUUGGACGAAUUCCAUCAAGCACAAGGUCAGCUACGGAUUCCUGUAAGUUGCCCAGGUGACUCUGUUUGGCACCCUCCUCCGGAUUCUGCUUUCAAGCUGAACUUUGAUGCUGCGGUCUUCUCCGAGUUGAGUUGCUCAGGUGUUGGGGCGAUGAUCCGGAAUGAGAAGGGCGAGGUCAUGGCUGCAAUGUCAGCAAAAGGUCCACAUGUAGUUGAUAGUGCGGUGGCAGAAGUAAUAGCAUGUAGAAGGGCAUUGGAGUUUGCAUGUGAGGCAGGAUUCACAGACUUGGUGGUGGAGGGGGAUAAUCUCAGUGUGAUGAAAUCGCUUGCUGCAUCAAAGACGGACCAUUCAUGGCUGGGUCAUAUCAUCCAAGAUAUCAAAUGGCUCACACGGAGUUUUCGAAAGGUGUUGUUCAGCUACGUGAGGAGAGCAGCUAAUUCUGUGGCGCAUGGGCUAGCGAGAUAUGCAAAAUAUGUACACGAAGACAUGUAUUGGAUAGAGGAUAAUCCUCCACCUGUGUUAGAAGCACUGUAUUAUGAUUUUUCACAGUUAAAUAAAUGA